AUGUCCGCCACAAUCGACGUCGAGGCCAUGAGCCCUCAAGACCGAGCCCGUUAUGAAAGGAAACGCGAACAUGAGUUUUACAGCUACUAUGAACCGCUCCGAAUCCUCGCUGGACCCGACAUCAAAUGGACCGAUCCCGUCUCUCCUGAAUCUGCUGCAGAACAUAAUCCGACUUCUUCCACGGACAAAGCAUUGACUGCCUUCUGCCAACUUGCGGCACUCCGUUUGAAGGCCAGGCGGGCCAUGAUCUUCUGUUUCGAUAGUCAGCAUGCAUAUAUCCUCGGCGAAGCCACUCGAACUCUGUCAUUCGAAGAUGAUGAUAUUCAUGAUAAGGGCGACGACCUCUGGUUAGGCAUGACCAAGAUNCCCCGCGGUUUCACUGUUUGUGAGCAUACCGCCAAUCUACCAACAAAUCGCGGUGGUAACACCAACGAUGAGAACACAACAAAGAUACACAUUGUCAACGAUCUCCGCGAGGACCCAAGAUUUUGCGACCAACCAUAUGUUGCUGGAGGUAUCAAAGCUCGGUUCUACGCUGGUGUACCGAUAACAACUAGCAAAGGUUUUAACAUUGGUGCUUUUGUANNAGUUGUCCCUCCCUAG